CAGGCCGGAGGGAGGUGCUGCGCAUGCGUCAGAUGCACCAGGACAGUGCGGCUGCUAUUCUUUAUGUGGCCAGUGACAGUGGGGCGCAAUAGAGGCCGCGCAUGCGCCCUGUCACCAUCGGUGUCCUGAGCUCCACAAGAGACAUUACAUUUAGUAAACAAUGUCCCAGACCCAGUGAGAGCGCUGGUGCUGGUGAUGGGCGGCAAAGUCUCUGCACAGGGGCAAAUGAAGAUUUUUAAAGUCAGGACAGUGAGCGGCGAUAAUAAGUAUGGAGUAGCCUGCAGGGACCUCAGGGAGCUCCGGGACAAAGGAUGCAAGAAGUUCCAGCUGCCACCUAACAGCACCCGUGUGUGUCUGUACGAGGAUGGGACAGAGAUAAGUAACAAAUACCUAAGGAAUCUUCCAGAUAACACCGACCUUAUCUUACUUGCCCCUGGAGAGACAUGGCACGGAUUUGUCACAGACAUAGAUCGGCUACUGAAGGCGUUUUACAAGAGGCAGGUGGAUGUUACGGAGGCGGCAAGAAGACUAUUGUCCGACGAACAGGCUCCCAAGAGACGGAAAAUACUUGUUGACUUUAUCAGCAACCUUAAUGAAAACAUCUUGGCAGAAAGUCGGGAAGAAGACGAGCCUUGGUUUGAAGGCAUAGAAUCUCGGCAUAAGAACAAGUCCAGUUACAUGAGGUACAGCUGUGAAAGCAGAAUUCGUAGUUACAUGAAAGAGGUGCAAGGCUCCGGCACAACAGUAGAUCCGGCCGUGAGAGAUGAAUACAAGAAAGUUGCAGAUACUCUCUGUAAUGCGCUAAAAGCUGUGAAAUACAAUGGCUGUUACUUUGACAGAACAGAAGUGAAGGCCAAUCGUCUUUGUACUGUGGAAGGAUGGUUCUCUUGCCAAGGUCCUUUUGACUCAAGUGACUGCACGUCCAAGCACUCCAUUAAUCCGUACAGUAACAGAGAGAGCAGAAUUGUGUUCAGCACAUGGAAUCUGGACCACAGAAUUGAAAAGAAACGAACCAUUGUGCCGUGUCUAGCCGAGGCUGUGAAGGGGAGUAAUGGCAGACAAGUCAAUUGGCAGUAUUUUUUUAACUUGUUGUUUACAAUGGAAAACUUGAAGCUGGUUCACAUUGCCUGCCAUAAGAAAACCUCCCAUAACUUGAAGUGUGAUGACUCCAUGAUAUAUGUUAAAAGAAAAUCCCCCAAAAAGAUCAGGAAAUGAAAUGGAUUUUUUUUUUUUUUUUAAUGUGGAUCAUGGUGUUUUUAAUAUUUAGACAUUGUAUUAAUGUAUUCUAUAUGACUAUUCUCAUUUUCUGAUUACAUUUAUACCAGUUUGUCAUGGAAAGCUUGAUGUUGGGCACAUUGCCAUAAGAAAGUCUCACACUAGAACUCCAUGCAAUACACUCAGUGGCCACUUUAUUAGAUACACAGAGUAGGGUCAUCCCACUUUAACACAGAACACAUACGCUCAUUGGCUGUUUUGACUUUCUAUUAUUUUCUGUUUUGCACACCACUCUGUACAUAUUAGAGGCUAUCUUAUUUGACAAUCCCACGAGAUCAGCAAUUUGAACCCAUGCCAUCUGGCAACAACAUUCACUUCACAGUCAGUCAGUCAAAUCUUGGUCUAGAUUUGUCGAAGCUUGGAGAGAACUAGAAUGGGGAGAGGUAAAUUCAGGGCUGCCAUCACAAAUGAUGGGGGCCUGGGACUGGACAAAUAGGCAGAGUCCCCACCCCCACCC